AAGAGAGUGUUGCAAAGAACCUAUUUAGGAUUGGGCUUUGGGUGAUUUGGGGGAGGAUUUAAGGAAGCAGAGUUUCACUUUGGAUUGGGUGCUGUCAGAAAGCAGGGACAAUUGUACGAUUUGUUAUCUCAAUAAAUAUCCAUAAGAUGGGCAGACGAGAGCAGGGAUAAAGCUGCAAUUGGUAAAGAAGCAGCAGUCACUCAGUAAAGAGGAUGUUUGAUAUUUUGUGGGUUGUACAGUGACCUUGUUUUUGUUUCCUUGCACAGAAUUAUGAAACGGGCUUGUUUUGUCUCAUUCUGUAAUGGUCUGAGUGACCAAGUCUGAUUUUGGUGUUCUGUGAGAUUGUUAUAUCCAACAGAUAACAUAGCCUCGCUCUGAGUGCCAGGUCAGCUAAUAAUACUGAGACCUAACAGGGUCAGACCAGUUCUAGUGUCAGGGGCUGCUUUUCUCUUCGUCAGGCUUUUACCCUGAAAGAGGAAGCCACUGGAGGGUUUUGAACAGAGUGACAUGAUCUGAUAUGUUGUAUGGACCAUGUAACCAAUGAUGUCACAAUGCCCUACUAGACUCCAACUUCUCUGCUAGGGAGUUGUGGAUCCCUUGGAGCUAAGGACUGGAACUGACAUGCGAGACCGCUACCAACUGAGGGCUUCAUGAGCAUACUCCUUUGCCAAGAUCUUGGUGAAGAGUCACUGUGUAAUUGUGUCUUAGAAAUUGUUUUAUCAUGAUUGUGCUUGGCUGGAUGCUUUUUGUUGGACUUGCAUGUUACAUGGGCACAUUUCCAGAGUUCAUGCCUCCAACUCUGAGGUGGAAGGAGAGGUGGCUUGUUCAGGAAAGCAAGGCACGACGGAGGAGCCUGGCUUUGGAUGAAGAUCUGCAGCUGUGAGUGGUGGUCAAGUCUAUUGGGCUGGAUUCCUCCCUUUCCAGAGAAUUCGAUAGCACCCUGAAAUCUCAUUGAAGAGUUUAUUUUCCUCUGGAAGAUAAAACUAUAGAAGGAAAAA